UCACUCUUCUUCUAAACUCCCAAAGCGUGCUUUCUCUUUUACACAACCAAUCAAUUACACCUUCACGUUUUCUUCUUCCAUUUCCACACAAAACACAACCGCCUUUUUCUAAAAACCUAAUAAUACUUUCUUUUUUACCCUGUUUCUUACUUCAUCUUUUCAUUUCUUAGUUCAGUUUUAUUAAACCAUGUAUAAGUUUGAGAAUACUCAUAUAGAAAAACGUUUUCACAACAACUUUGAAAAUCAUUCCUUCUCUUCCACACUGCUCGACCAAAUUUACCGUUCCAUCGACGAAGGAGACAGAAAAGUUUCUGAUAUGAAGUUCUAUACAGAAACAACAUUUCAAAAACAGAGCAAAACCAAUGCUAAAUUCAACAGAGUUUUUGAAGAACAGCAACCAUAUCUUCGCGGUGUUUGUAAAGAAAAAGAAAAAAUCACAACACAAAUAGACAGAAAGUUGCAUCUUGAUCAUGAGAUUCAUGACCAAGAUGUUAUGUUUUUCAGCUCAACUUCAAGUUCUUCAGAUUCAAGUGGUUUAUUAUCAUCCUCCUCCGAAACAGAAUCAAUGUACAAAGCCAAAUCACGAGGUGGUUCGUGUUUCGCUCCUUCAAGGCCUAAGCCGGUGAAAACAACCGUUCCUCCAGAGAGAAGAAUCAUUGCAAACGAUGAAGAUACCUUAAUCAAAUCAAAAUCAAGAGCGUUGAAGAUUUACAACAAUCUCAAAAAAGUGAAGCAACCCAUUUCACCAGGUGGAAAACUCACAAGUUUUCUCAACUCUCUCUUCAUAAACACAAAGAAAACAAAAACUGUUUCGUCUUAUGAAGACUCAAAUGCAGAGAGGAAAGGUAAACCAGGACAAGCUUCAACAACUUGUUCUUCGGCUUCUUCGUAUUCACGUUCUUGUUUGAGUAAAAAUUCAUCUAAAUCAAGAGAUAAAUUACACAAUGGUGAUAAAAGAACGGUCCGUUUUUACCCGGUGAGUGUGAUUGUUGAUGAAGAUAAUCGAGCUUGUGGUCAUAAAUAUUUGAAUAAAGGAGUUACAAAGAAGAAUGAAGAAGUUGUGGACAAGAGUAAGAAAGAGGAGGAAGUUGCUAGAGAAUUUUUAAGAGAGUACCAUCUUAACCAUAAGAUUUUGAGGGAUUUUUCUAUGAAGAAAAAUGAAGAAGUUGAUGAUGAUGUAUCAAGUUGUUCAAGUUCAGAUCUUUUUGAGCUUGAUCACUUGGAUGUGAUGGGAAAUGAUAGGUAUUGUGAAGAUUUACCUGUGUUUGAGACUACUCAUGUUAGUACUAAUCGUGCUAUUCGCAUAAUGUAAUUUUAAUUUUAAUUAGUAGAACCAUAUGAUAAUUAACUAUACAGGUUAUAUAAUCAUUUUAUUAAUUUCUUCACUGUUGUUGUUCUUAUUAUUUUGUAAGUAUGAAUUCUAAUUCUAAUUAAACUUGAGGUGAUUUUGGUA